GCUGUCGUCACUACGCCGUGGAUUGUACUUUUCGUCUGCGUUUCUCGCACCUACCGCACUCGGAAACGAAACAAGCGUACGUUCGCGACGCAGGCGAGAGAGAGACGCGAGUGAACAGGUGUAGAAAGUGCAUCUCUAAUCUACGUGCGCGGGCGCCCUCGCGCUAGCCGGCUGUUCCACUUCGCGAUUUCUCGAAAGAUUCUCGCGCAAGGGUGAAUUAUCACUUUAACUAUAAUCACGCGAUAUUAUUCCGCGAACGCAUUCGUACGAGACGACACGCGAACCGCAGCGAGCACCGGCUCUCGCAUCGCGAUCUUACACGGUAAAACAAUUCGAAUGGACCCCGAAACUGCGCGCGCACGCGCACUGUACAUAAUCGCGUUGCCUAGCAACGGUUGCCACGAGCGACCAAAUAAACAAGUUUUGCGCCAUUUUCCUCCGAUUGCCGAUAAAGGGAUACGCGAUAAAAUUUGUAUUGUGUAUAUGUUAGAUCGUUGCGGUUCUUGAUAAAAGAGACAGAAGAGAAGAGCAAAGAUGCUGAAAAUAUUGUCACUUCAAGAUUUCGAGUGUCCUGUUUUGGACGAUACGGCAGUCGUUGGUUUAAUCGACGGUAUCGUGCAUUAUUGCACCUACGACAAGAUGCACGAUGAGAUGCAACCUUUCUCCAAGUAUUUGCGUGGGUAUCCCGAGAUUUCUAUCACCCAGGAGAUUCUGGCCACCCGCGACUCUGCGCGCACGGUCAGUGCUGGAGAAUUAUUUCUGCCUAUUCAUGAUAGCAUCUUCAAAAAGCUUGCAAAUGUAUGGAGAGAGAAAGGAUUCUCCGAAGCCAUUCGUUUUGCUGCAGCUGCAAAUCCGGAGGAGAUUACAAAUGUUGUACAUUGGGUGGCAACGAGAUGGAAUUGGAUGUUGGAUUUAAUGGAAAGAGGAAUAUAUCAGAGAGAUGUGUUACCAACAUCAGGAACUGGAUCUGUUGCCGAUAUUGUUGCUACAAGGGAUUGGAAUACAUCAUUGAUUAGGUGUCUAUCUUGGCAUCCGCAUUGCGCUCGUCUAGCUGUAGCUACAAGAGAUGAUCGAAUACGUAUUUAUUCACAAGGCAUACUAGGUAUACCAGUAUUGAGACAUAGCGCACAAAAGUCAGUUUGCUGUUUAAAUUGGAGACCAUAUGCUGGCCGUGAAUUGGCAGCUGCAUGUUAUUCCGGAGUUUUAAUUUGGACGAUAGAAUUGGGUGCAGCCAGUAAUUUACUUAGUCACGUGAUACUUUUAAAGCAAAGAAAUCAUGUACCUGUUACAAGUGUUAUGUGGCAUUCGCAAGGUGGUUUAUUGGCAUCUUGUUCACCAACAGAUUUAAAUGUAAUAAUUUGGGAUGUUUCAAGAGAAGAUGGAGUCCCUUUAAAACGUGUUGGUGGAGGUGGCAUAUGUUUCAUACAUUGGUCAUCUUGUGGCUCACGAUUAUUGUCUGCUUCAUGUAGGAAUGUUUUUAGAGUUUGGAAUACUGGUGUUCCAACGCCAUGGCAUGCAGAAAGAUGGACAGUUCCUCAUGGUCGUGUAGCGACUGCAUGCUUUGGUCCUAAUUUAACAUUACUCUUUGCUACUACUGAAGAUCCUGCUACAAUAUUCUCAUUGCCAUUGCAAGAUAAUAUAUUUGAUGUUAAAAAAGCAACUGAUAAUGAUGUAAAGAUAGCCAUGCGUCUAAUCGAUUUAACGAAAGUAAAUUUUUCUUGGGAUGAUAAUGAUUAUAUCACAGUUGGAGGCAGAAUAACUUCCAUGGAAUGGGAUUCAACAGGAAAAUAUCUCGCUAUUCUUUUCCAGGAUAGUCCAGUUAUUGCUCUAGUGAAAACAAGCUUAAGUAGUUUAUCACGAAUAGUGGAAGUGCAGCCAAGCUGUCUCAUUAAAGGAUUUCCCGGUGAAGUACCAAACUGUAUUAAUUUUUAUCAAAAACAUUCACCGUGGGUUUGUUUAACAAUAGCUUGGAAUAGUGGACGUGUGCAACAUUUUCCAAUUGUUGAAAAUGAGGCCAAAGUUGAUACAACUACACAUUCCACGGUAUUGUCUCAAUCUAUAAGAACAACAAAUGACUCAUAUAACAUCAGCAGUUAUAGGCAAUAUUAAAUUAUUAUUUCUAUAAUAUUGAUAAAAUAAUAAGCACAAUUUUUCAACUUU